AACUUGGAGAUUUGUUCAUUGGAGAAGCUCCAACUUGCAGAAAGUCAGAUAUGUACAAAAAAAUGAAUCUCUCAUAAAGGUCUAUUUGUAAGUUUGUAUCUGAAAAUAUAUUUGGGGAAAAAAUGCUUAUUCAUUUACAGCCAAAGUUAAUAAUAAUUACACUGAUACAUAAACGUGCUGCAUAUACGUUAUAAACUGUUGACACCAUUUAACUUUAACAAUAUAUUUUUAUUCAUUGCUGCAGGAAUUAGUUGAACCCUCAGUGUUGUGGUGGGGCUGGAAAUUUCCCUUUUUAUCCAUUUCCUAAUGAUGGCAAUUGUCUGACCACUAAUUUAAGUUUAAUUAUUUAAAAUGAUUCGUUUUAAAAUUUUUACAGGUGAUGCACAUGCAACUCUAAAUUUAUAUAAUAUACAUAAAUAAUAAAUCUUAGUAAUUUCACCCCUCUGUUCUCACAGCCCAUAAAGGAACUGUGUGUAAUAAAACCGGCCACGGUGCGGCGCUGUUGUUUUCCUGCACAGUGAGAGAAGAACAGGGUCACAUGGCGGCUAUGGCCGCUCUCUGUAAACACACUCUCUAUUCAUCUUGUUCAGAUCUGUCUUUACCCUGUCCGCUUUUCCACAGGCUUCAUUAUUCCGGCCUUUAGUUUAAACCCGUCAGUGCCGCGAUGUUACAGGUAAAAAAACGGUUAAAAUACUCGUCAGUGGGUCUCGCUGCGAGCAGACUUCUCUCAGGACCCCCUAAAAACCCGGUGGUGUUUCUGGACGUCUCAGCUGACGGAGAGUUUAUCGGGAGAAUCGUUAUUGAACUUCAUGCAGAUGUUGUUCCCAAAACAGCAGAGAACUUCAGAGCUCUGUGUACAGGAGAGCACGGCUUUGGGUAUAAAGGCUCGGUUUUCCAUAGAAUCAUUCCUGAGUUCAUGUGUCAGGUUGGAGAUUUCACAAACCAUAAUGGCACUGGUGGAAAAUCCAUUUAUGGCAAGAAAUUCAGUGAUGAGAAUUUUAAAUUGAAACACACUGGACCAGGUGUGCUGUCGAUGGCAAACUCUGGACCGAACACUAAUGGAUCUCAGUUUUUUAUCUGCACGGUAAAAACAGAAUGUCUUGAUGGUAAACACGUUGUGUUCGGACAUGUAACAGAAGGCAUGGAGACCGUAUCUGUAAUGGAGUCUUAUGGUUUGCAUGAUGGAGGAACAGUUAAGAAGAUCGUCAUCACAGACUGUGGAGAGCUUUAACAUUGCCUUACUCUCACCAGUAGUCAUCAGCUCUUCUACUGGAGAUCUGAAGAUUUCUGAACGCUUCACCUCCAACCCAGAUCUAUCAGAUAAUCACUCCGUUAUUAUGAAGGCAAUAAGAUCCGCUGGGGUUAAAUAUGUGUGAAGCUACAUUAUGUGGGUGUGCAGGAGCAGGGCUUAUUAAAACUUUAUAAAAGUGUGUUUUUUUUUUUAUUUAAAUCAUUAAAGGUAAAUUAUAUCAGUUUAAUGAAUAUAGCAUGCACAUGUGAUUGUAUAAUGAUUGAACAAAGAUUUGGUUUGAUUUAGGAUGUCUUUUUAUUUUUAAAAAAUAAAUAAAUUUAGGACCUUUUGGAACUAUGUGGAGCUGUUUCCAAGACAAGGAUUAAGACUAGUUAUAGACAAUUUUGGUUUGUGAAUUGGAAAAAAAAAAAUCUCCAUUCAGAAUGCUGUCUAGUCCAAGACUAGGCUUAAUCCAUGUCAAGGAAACUGCUCCUUUAUGUUUUAUGCUUACUAUGUAAGCAAUGUCAUGAUAAAUCACAAGCCUUUAUACAUAAGAAGAUAAAGAAAUUCCUGGAAGUUUUCGGAAUAAACUCAAAUGUAUAUGAAA